CAGAAGCAACCUUGCAGGUAAGGCACCAUGGUUAAGCACAACAAUGUUAUCCCCAAUGAACAUUUUCGUAAACAUUGGCAAAACUACGUGAAGACAAGGUUUAAUCAACCAGCAAGGAAGACCAGAAGACGCUUGGCUCGCCAAAAGAAGGCAGUUAAGAUUACUGAUGAAAUGAAGGCAUUCAAAGCUUAUUACAAGCUCCGCCUUGAACGCACAAACAAGCGUCACCUUGGUGCUCAGCUCAAGAGGGCCGCUGAGGCAGAAAAGGAAGACAGCAAGAAAAGACGAUCAAAUGGAAACGCUACAAGCCAAAGCCAUUCCUGCGUUAACCAAAUUUCACUGCAGUGA